AUGUUUGCUCGCUUGAUCUUCAUAUUCACAUGCGUUGUAGGAGACACAAAUCACCCCAUUGCACUCAUUCAAGCUUGUGAUGUUGCAGUACAAAAUAGACCCUUGAAGGAUAGGCACCUGGGUUUCUGGUGGGUUGAAGCGCAACCUCGGCAUAAGAGUGAGUUCAUUUUUGUUGAUUCAAUCAUCAGGGGAGUGCUAUUGAUUGAAGAUGGCUCUCGACCUGGCGAUUUUCUUCUUGUUGAUUCCGUUGACACCGAUAUGUUUCUUCGCAUGCAGAAGCUUCACUACAAUUCUCGUUGA